CAAAUACCGACUACCGACAUCUUACGUUCGUGAUUCGAGAUUGUGCGAUACAUAUAUUAUAUAAUUUCGUUCACUUAUCGGGAUUAGGGAUUGAUCUAAAACUAAUCAACAUGUCUGAAUCUGGAUCAUAUCGACCUAUGAAAUAUCCAUAUACUUUAUCCGCAAAGGUUGCUCAGUUUCCAUUCAGAUAUUAUGUGAACCAUAGUUGGAUGUUUAAGUAUUGGCUCAUCGGUAUAGGAAUAUCACUACCUCUGUUUUACAAAAUACAAAAGUUAUCAUAUUCUCCUGAGAAUGUUAAGAAAUGGAAGAAAACUCAUCACGAUAUGUUCACUGGCGCUGAUCAUCAUUAAAGUAAAAUUACAAUUGUUAGACAACUGUUAACAUGUAAGAUAAUCUGUAAUCCAUCACAUAAUGGAUAAAUAAAUUUGAUCCGUAAUCAAAUUAUGUAGAGAUGAUUGAGGAGAAUAGAUUGUUUAAAAAAAAACUUA